UUGUCCAACUAGUUGCUCGGUGGUCUUCGAUUAGGACAGAACUUGGUGCUUGAAGUUUUUCAACAUAUAUCGAAAUGAAGUCAGCUUUGAUUUUAGUAGUGCUUCUUGCAGCUAAUGUUGCAAAAAGUCAAAUUCUGGAUCCAGAUGCAAGAGUCACUGUUCCAGGCCUUGGCCCGAUCCAAGGGCUCACCUGGCUUACUUAUUCACUGGAGUCACCCCGGAAGUUCUACGUGUUUCAUAGCAUCCCAUAUGCACAUGAUACAGCCCAAGGGAAUAGGUUCAAGCCCUCUGUCCUUCGAGAAGAUCCACUAACCGAAGAUGGGAGCGACUUUCUCGCUAUCGACCCUUUGGUUGUCUGCCCUCAGGGUAUGUUCACUAAGGCCAAGGACAUGAACGCAUCGACCGCCAACCUCUUCAACAUCCUCAAAAAAGGUCUUUGGAAGUGGACAGAGGAUGAGGACCCAAUCGAUAAUCAACCAAACGCAAGGGAAGAUCAAAAUAAGCCGAACUGGCAAGAAACAGAAGAUUGUCUCGUCCUUAACAUUAAUACACCAAAGAUCCCAGCAGACGGGGAAGAACUGAAAAUGCCAGUCAUAUUUUUCAUCCAUGGUGGAUCAAGUACUCAGGUCUGGGGAGCUCCAUUCAUGGGUCACAAAUUUAUGAAGCACGAUGUGGUGCUUGUAACAAUCAAUUAUAGGUUGGGGGUUUUGGGUGCUUUAAAUUUGGGAAUAGAUGAUGCUCCAGGCAAUGCUGCCAUGUACGACACUCUUACAGCACUCGAUUGGGUCCAUAAAUACAUUCACCAUUUUGGAGGAGAUAAAGACAGAAUUGUUGUCUAUGGUCAUUCUGCGGGAAGCAUGAUGGCGUCCAUGCUUUUAUUUUCUCCCCUCGCCGAGGGAAAAUUUACGGGAGUCAUUGGAGCAUCCGGCUCUGCAUUAGCAACAUGGGGCACUGCAGAGUAUAAUUCUUUGAAGCAUCAUCUUGAGGUUUGCUUCCUUGCCGGUUGUUACCCUGAAUUCGUUGAAGGUGAGGAACCUGCUGAAAAUACCGAUUAUAACGCAAUUUACGCCUGCAUGCGAGACACAGAGGAAGGAGUGCUGAGACAGGCUCUUAGCAGAUACUCGAACAAACACCAGAAGGCUGGAGGGUUAGGCUUCGAUGCAAAAGUCCCCAGUGUCCAGCACAGCCCACUGAUUACAAUCCCCAAAUUCUUGGAAGAGAUGCCGGCUGAAAUUUUAAUGAAAGGAAAGCAAAAUCCUGCCAAUUUGAUAAUGGGGGCCACGAGACACGACGGCAGUUUCGCAUUUGAAGAUGUUUAUAAGAAGUACUUGGUAGAAAACAAUUUGGUAGAUGACGUAGACUUUAUGAAAAACGAUCUUCUGAACCAAAUGAUAAAAAUCAUGAAGGCAACGGAUAAAUCGGGUGCGUUUCAGCAUAUAGUGGGAAAAACUUAUUUCGGAGAUGCCAUGAAAAAUGGAAAAUUUGAAGAGAUGCUUCCCGGACUUAUUGACUUGACCUCCGUUUGGGGAUUCAAGGCGCCUGCCUGGGAAUUAGUCGAAAAGCAUGCUAGCGUGAAUCCCAAUUCAUUCUACUAUGCAUUCGAUUUUGCUGGAUUUUGGUCGACUUGCGAUAUGGGAGGAGAGUCCGAAAUUCCCUGUGGUGUUCCUCACAUUGAUGACAUGUCUUUCACCUUCCAAAUUUUCCCAAUAAUCAACGAAGACUAUCAAGUGGCGGAGCGCCUUGUGAAGUACUUUGUGAACUUUGCAUACAACGGAACUCCAAAUAAUGGAUCAGAGCUCUUAUUCUGGGAACCCUAUGAUCCGAUGACCCAUCCAUUCCUGAAAAUUGAUGCGACAGAUUCAAUUGGAUAUGAAUGUCGAGAUUCCUGGAUUGAUAAUGCUCUAGAAAUCGUUUAAAAUUAUUUUUCCAUUAAGACAUCACAAAUAUAUUGCUAAUAUUCUUUAGUAUAUAUUUAGAAGUUGAAUAAAAAUGUCGGACCAUUUAACAUGAAAAAUUGA